GCUCCGUUUGUACAGUACAGUUGCCAAAGAAAAAGGCAAGGUUGGUAAGCAACCUGACGGUGCUUGUAUUUUUUCGCUGCCAAGCUUUAUGACAUCUAACAAGGCUUUUAUGGACGAAAGAGACGAUUCGGACGUUCCUCGCGGCACAGAAGAGAAUAUUUUGAUACGCUUACCAAUUCCAGUACAACAAGACAAUCGUGUUGAAUUACCAUUUCCAACACAACACGGACAGAAUGAACGGGUAAAGACAAGCCGCGUGUUUCAAUCAGAACCAACCGUAUCAUGUGGUUCUGAUUCUUCCGACACAACCAAUGGUACAAUAACCAUUGAUGUAGGAGAUAAAAAAGAAACAUGUGAAGAUGGUAGUAAAAGAGAAAUUGUGAAUUGUAACUUACCAGUGCAAGAAGCUGUGUGGCAGCAAAAGCUUGAUGAGGUGCAUGAGGCUGUUGUGGGAAAAACAGCAAGUAGUGGGAAAAACUAUGUAAAUGUUCCGAUUGAACAUGUGAAGGUUUUGAAAAAGGGUUCUGAAGGUUCUAGUGUCAGUAAGUACAGAUUUAAGUCAGAAUAUGGCAAAUCUGAAUAUAGGGAGAUCGCUGGAAAAAAAAUGCUAAAAGAUUAUUACCCUAAUAUUAAAAAUGAAGUUACACGGGUGGCAAAGAACAGUCACCAUGUUAACAUUGCUGGAUAUGUUACACAUCAUGAGGAAGAAGAAUUUGUUAUUCUAUUCACUGAACUUUGUGAUUUCUCAUUAAAAGAAUAUAUCAGUAAGACGAUAACAGUUGAAGAAUCGGACUGUCCAGAUUCAAUGAAAAUUCUAGGGGAAGCAGUACAGGGAAUCAAGUAUUUACAUGGACUUAACGUUUCGCAUAUGGACAUAAAGCCAGGCAAUUUUCUUUUUAAACAACAUACUCCAGAAACUGGAAUGUGUUGCUAUGUUUUAAAAGUUAUUGACUUUGGCUUAAGCAAACAACUUGAUUCGGAUAGAACUGCAACAGUUUCUCAUGAUGUUGUAGGCACAAAAAGUUACAUGGCUCCAGAACAAUUUAAAGAUCAUUUUAAACCAACACUUAAAGCAGAUGUAUUUUCACUGGGGUUGUUAUUUUACUAUGUUUUAACAAAUGGAAAACAUCCCUUUGGUACCAAUGAAACUGUUAUUGCUUGUCACAUACUUAAAUACAAGAAGCAACCCUCUCUCGAAACAUUGGAUUUAGUGUUCAAAGAUAACAAGGAAGAUGCUGUUCUAGCAAAAGAUUUAAUCAGAAGAAUGAUUCAAAAAUAUCCAGAUGACAGGCCAACAAUUGAAGAGGUUGAAAUACAUCCUUUCUUUUGGGAUGCCCACAAGAAAAAACUUUUUUACAUGGCUGCAAACGAUGUCAUACAAAAACGCACAGAUGAUGCAAAGUUUCUGAAAUCUUUGAAUGAAGUAAGAAAGAAGAAGCAGGAUGGCCAACUAGAAGAUAUGACAAUAGAAGAUUUAAACCUUCCCAAAGAAUGCUUAUAUUCUCCUAAAAAAACAGACAAAGAUCAACAAUCCCCAAAAUACAGCAAUGUUGAGACAUAUGUAUUGUUUUUGCGCAACUGGCUUGUACAUUGUCGACCUGAUGAAUCAAAACAGCUUGAACGACAAAAAUCAAGAGAAGCUCAGCGUGAACAUCUAACUGAUGAUGUUGAGAUAAGACUACCAAAGUUGACAAAGCCUUAUCCACGACUUUUGCAUCAUCUUUAUUACCUACUACAGAAAGAGAAGACUUUCAGAGAUGCAUUUAAAAAAGAUGCCAAAAUCGACCUUACAAAAGUGACUUCGGUGAUUCGGGACCCAAAAGUGAAAGCUACAGCAUGAUGUGUUUCUGCUGAGUACUAUCAAAAUAAUGCAUUAUUGAGAAUUCGAUCAAAUAUGAGUUAUAUUUCAUGUGGUGAAUUAUGCAAUCAUGAAAUAUCUUUUAAUGUUUUUUUAGGUAUGUGAUUAUACUUCAACUGCACUAAUUUUUACAUAUUAACCGUUUUAUUUGCCUUUUACAUGGUAAAAAAACCUUAUGCCUA